AGUAAAGAAAACGCCAAAGAACUAAAUCAAUCCUAUGAAAGUUCAACAAAACGCAUGCAUAUACAAGUCGACAAUUACCCUGAUGACCAAAUUACAAAUGAAGAAAACACGAAUAUCUCAAAUGAUAAUAAAUCUAUUGAAGAAAUUCAGCCACCUCCAAAAAAUCAUUUUUCUCAAUUUGAUCAAUGCUCAAAACUUCGAAAUUUCUCAAAAUAA